GAGCGCAGAAGAAGAAGAGGAGGAAGAGAGGUCGAGCUCGCAGGCCGCCGGCGGCGCAGGCCGCACCGAGGCCGCAGUGAUGACGUCGGGCUAGCCACCGAAAUUAAUCGUCAAACCAUGAUCCGUCCCCUUACCACGCCGCGCCAGCCUCAAGAUUGACGGCUCCAUCUUGUCUGCAGCACGGCUCAGCGGCUGAGCUGGUCACGGGAACGCACCCAUGGCGGAUGGUCAACGAAGGUUUGCGACUCAGAGGGCUGCCUACGAGGCCAACCUCGUGCCGUACCCGAGGCCCCCUGGUCAGCCGCCCCCGAUUCCGAUGCACAACUCCGAGUCUGCGCUCUCGCUGACCGUCAGCCGGCCUCUGCCGCCGCACUUGCAGCAGCGCCGCGGCACCGUCUGUACCAGCGAGGUGGUGCGCGUCGAGUCGAACACCAUGAUGCCUGGCCAUGGGCAUCCGCCCAUGGCGGGGCACCCCAUGACGGGGCCCCCCAUGACGGGGCCGCCCAUGACGGGGCCGCCCAUGACGGGGCCGCCCAUGACGGGGCCGCCCAUGACGGGGCCGCCCAUGACGGGGCCGCCCAUGACGGGGCCGCCCAUGACUGGGCCGCCCAUGACGGGACCCCACAUGCGACGCUCCUACAUGGUCACCUCGUUCGCCGAACCACCCAGCACUAUCGCCGCUCCGGGAAAUUUCGGACCUUGUCCCCAAUACGGUCGUCCGUACAGUCCUCCUCCCUCGCCACCUCCGGGAGCGCGGCGCUCGGCGAACGGCCAGCGGUCGCCGGUUCGCAGAGCCCGGCGCGCCUACGACGAGGAUGACUACGAUGGCGGGCGCAGGAACGGCGGGUGCGACGACGACGACGACGACGACUUGGAGUACGCCGAGCACAGCCGAAGGCAACUCUCCCUUGCGCGGAGAUCCCGCUCGCAGAAGGAUGCGGUAGGGCCAGCCAAGUCGACGAUGAGCCGGUCGGGCAGCCGUCUACGGAUACUGCGAAUCGAGCGCGAAAUCAGCGACACCGGCUCAACGCGGCGGGGCGCCUCCUCUACGGCGACCAGCCGGCAAGACGACGCGGAGGCGGCCGGCAGCUGUGUGUGUAUCUGCGGCACGUCGCGCACUCCGCCGCGCACUCCGUCGCGGGGUCGCUUGUCGGGCAUCUACAUCAAGCCGAGGCGUGAGCCGGAGGCCGAGGAGCUGUAUGUCAUCAAGAGGAUCAGAGACAAGAAGAGGAGGAGGAAGAAGAAGCCGCCGCCACCCGCUGCCCCACCGCAGCAACGGGGCCUCGUGGGCUACAUCUGCAACCUGGUGGGCCUCGCGAACGAAGAAGCGCCGCCCCCGCCUCCGCAGGUCGCCGCCACGGAGUCGGACGACGAGGAGGAGUACGAGCUGAGGAGGCUCGACCGCGCCGAGUUGGAGAGGCUGUGUCGCCAGAUGGGCGUCACGAAGGGCGCCGACGAGCCGGAGAAGAAAUGACCGGCCGCACUCGGGUGACCACAGGCGGGACACAUUCAUGGAAAGUAUACUUCCCGCGCAUUUUCGGCGUGGCAUUGCGCCGCCAUUUUGCUCCCUGAAGCAACCACACUGCUGUGGCCGGAACGCGUGCCACGGGGCGUUCGCCAAGCAGAACACGGCAUCGCGCGGCGUAAAACGGCGGAAUGAUGCCGCCGGCAGCAGCGUUUGCCGAACGCUCGUCGGAAAUACGUGCGUGCCGCUUUAGGGUUUCACCCAAUGCAUCUACAAAUGAAACACAGCUUGUGCCUAUAAACAUGUACGGGGAAAGAAACAGGUGGAAGGAACGAGUGAGCGCUUGUACAAGUGUAAAGAAGACCACCGGAAAUUGCAUGUGAUGCAGCCACGCGAGUGCACAGCGCUUUUUUCUAGCGGGAGGGCAAACUAGAGUUAUUGUAUAUGGUUCCCGAGAUGACUGCCCAAAGGAAGCCAUAUGCAGUAACUCUCGGGCAGACUAAUUCUUGCAGCGCUCCCACCCCCUCCCCGUUUGGUUUCUUCCGGGCGUGCUAUUGUCCACCCCAUCACAUUUCGUGGAAAUUCCACGAGAAAUGAGAAGCCGUACUAUAAGAGAAUAUUUUUUUAUUUAUUCAAUAACCGCUAA